UGCGAGGACACCGAGUCCGCGCCAAGCUGCAGCAGGUCACAAUAGGCACGAACCAUUUUUUUUUUUUGCAACAUGUUUCUUCAACAAAAUGUCUGCAGGUAUCUAAAGUGUCUCUGUUUAUGUCGCAAGAAACAAAAUAUGCUAUAUUGGUUCAUUAUUCUUCUCAUUUUCUUUCAUUCUCAAUUUAUCGACAAGCUUUGACAACUCGGACACGCCACGCCCGACCAAAAUGUGAGUGACUUACAGGUGGAAAAAUUGUUACCCUCAUAAUGUUUGCAGCACAGCCAUAGAAAACGCAUUUUAAAUAUAUCCCCCAAAUGUGUUGGUAACUUAUUUGGUAUUGUUGGAUUACCUAUUCCCCGAUUCUGUUCGCAGCACAAACAUGAAAAAGCUCUAACGUCAAAAAUAAAGUCCAACAAAAUUAAGGAGUCAGAAAUUGUCUAUAGUUAACAACAAAUGUUUAAGAUAUAUUUCAUAUAUGUUUCUUUUAUGGGUGUGUUACUUACUUUACGAAGAUCAAAUGGUUUCUGAUUUUCUGUAUAUGUACUUGGUUGCGGAACCACUGAAUAACGAGUUUGAAGUGGUUUCUAUUAUUUUGUCGUUACAUAUAAGUAGCCGUUUUUUUUAAUAGAAAAAAACCCAAUUCGACUUUCAAGAUCUAUCAUCAUUUGUAUUAUUACUAUUUAUUACAUUAUGCACUUGUUACAUAUAGGUGUAAACAGGCGUAAAGCGUUUUAAAUAUGUAUUUUAAUGUGUGUGGCCCUCGACGAGUCCUGAGUCAGGUGCACUACUUAUUAGUGGCGGAUCUAGAUGAUUGGUGGGGGGUAGACAUUCAUUUAAUAGAUACUCUUAACCUUGAGAGUCAUUUCCCCAGCGUUUUAAGGGGUUAAUUUAAUAUAGGUACGUAAUAUUAACAAGAUUUAAAAAAUAAAAAUGAUGUUGUUACGUCUAUGAUUUUUACACUACAAACAUUAUGCGUAUAUAGCAUAUAGCAUAUAGCAUUAUGCGUGCUAUAAUAUCCUCUUAGAAUUUUGUAUAAAAACCAUGUAAACAUUGUGCAUUCAAUAAGAGAGGAAAGGAAAGAUAUGUUACAAGUACAUUUUUAUGCAAGCCUAUGCCCCCCCCUCCUUCCACAAAAAUUAAAGUCGAACUCUGAACCCACUUCCAUUAAUCACACUAUAGAUACAUAAUCGUAUAACAAUUUAAAUGUAUUUUUCAGUUUUUUAAAAGAAUCGAAAUUCAGAAGUACAUUUUCGGCUGUACUUUUCGCCGCUCUCGCCACUAUGGGAAUAGUGUACUAUCACAUAUUUAUAUUGGUGAAAAAACAUCAAGCUUCUCGUCUCUUAUACAAACAGAGCGGAAGUGUGCAUUUCAAUAAGCCAAAUCAAGUACGUAGACAAACGGAAUCGCAACAGAGUAAAAACGAAAAGGCGCUAUACACGACGUUAAUAAUUGUCGGUAGUGUUGUAGUUGGUUGGAUGCCAGCAUGUUUACAAUACUACCUGAUAUGUACUGAUUGUAUAAUUCAACCGAAUUGGGCCAGUUUCACUGUGAAGUUUUAUACAUACUUUGCAACGAAUUGUCUUGUAAUUCUUAAAUCAGCAGUAAACUCAUAUAUUUACGCAGCAAGAAUGCAAGAAAUUCAGGUAGCAAUUCGUAAAAUGUACUCUACAUUAAAACAAAAACUAUGCAGUGGCAAUGAUGAAAUGGAUGUUGCCGGAUUUGACCAAUACAAAUACAGCAGAUCGUCAGCAAAAAGCAGAAGAACAGUCAUAUGCAGAAUAUCAGUUCAUCAAAAUAAAGAUGAAAACCUAACAGAAAUCAACCAGGAUAUUAACAAUGAUCAUGAGUUAACCAACUUUAGUAGUUGUCCUAAAAAAAAUGAAACACCUAACACGGUGACAUACCUCUAAGAUUCUUAUUAUUAUUUUGUAUGUACAUUUUUGUGUUUAUACCUUAUAUAAAUGACUAUUAUUGCUUAUUUCUUAAUAAACUGUUUAUUCUAUAAGUUUCACCUCUCGAAAAAUUAAAAUUUUAACAAUGCAUAUUAUUUG